UAAAGCAAAAGGACUGCAAUGUUUGUUUCUAGGGAAGCAACAUGGCUAUCAAAAAGCAGAGACGAUACAAACCUCAUUAGAUGGAGAGUUUUAUUUUGUUGGUAAAGUCCUUGGUUUUGAGCCAGCAGAGAAACAUAGAAAGGGCCGUACACAUAUAUGUAAAAUACAUGCUAGAUCUAUGAGUGUAGAGAAAGAUAUUCGUUAUGAGCUGCUGGCUAGAUUAUGCCCAAACAGUACAGGAGCGGAAAUUCGUAGUGUUGGCACAGAAGCUGGAAUGUUUGCUAUCAGGGCUCAUAGGAAGAUGGCUACAGAGAAAGAUUUUCUGGGAGCAGUAAAUAAAGUCAUCAAAGCCUACGCCAAAUCUAGUGCAACUCCUUGCUACAUGACUUACAAUGAAAUCAAUAGUAGCUUGAUAGAAAUGGCUACUAGAGAAUCAGUACAGAACUUGUGUUUACUCACUGAUCUGAUUUUAAACUUAAGUGAAUCAUUGUUUGUAUUCAUGAUGUUUUAUUUCAACUUAUUAAAUCAUGGUAUCUUUCUUAUUAAAUAUGUUGUCAGUGUGGUUUUUACUUUUGUCAGUAAUUUGUUACAGCUGGAUGUUCCUUUGCAAUUUAAGAUUAUUGCAUCCCAAACCUCCUGCAGGAUAGCUGGGAAUGAGUAUGGGCAUUUCAUCUAGUAGGGUAGCUAAUAGAAUCUGAACAUGAAUGAACUAGAUCAGUGUGCUUGAUACUCAGGGCAUUAAAAAGCAA